AUGAUUACUUUGGAAAUUCCAGCAAUCUUUAUAUCAGUUAUCCUGUUUGUUUACUUUGCUUUAAAUCGUCCUAUUAGUGCACAACUCAAAAAUCAUGGAUGGAUCAUCCUGCUUAUCGUUAAUUUUUUGCAAUUGACUCUGCAACUGCCGAUGGAAAUGAAUUAUUAUUACUUGAGCUAUGUUUCGCCAGCAACAAAUGGAUAUUGUGUAUGGUGGAUAUAUUGUGAAUAUUCACUGAACGCUGCCGGAUUAUUUUUAAGUGCAUGGAUCUCUGUCGAACGACAUUUAAUCAUUUUUCAUGCACAUCAAGUAUUUGAUAAGCGAUGGAAAAGAUGGAUUUUUCAUUUCAUUCCUAUAGUUUUCUGUUUGAUUUGGCCACCAGUAUUUUACUUCAUGGUAAUAGUGAUCAGUCCAUGGUGUACGAAUGUAUGGGAUUUUAAUCUACUUCUUUGUGGUUUUCCAUGUUAUUAUGGAAUCGAGGCUUUAAGUCAGUUUCUUUUUCUCUUCAAUAUUAUCCUGCCCAUUGUAACCAUUAUAUUGGCCAAUGUAACGUUAGUUAUUCGAGUGAUCUAUCAAAAGAUGUCUCGACAACAAGGAGUGAACUGGCGACGUCAUCGUAGAAUGGUAUUACAACUAUGGGUAAUGUCAUCACUUCAUUUGGGACUUUGGUUACCAUUAGUAAGUACAAUCCUUAUUGAAAUGAAUAUACAGCCGUCAUUCAUGAUUAAUCAAUUUGAAACAAUGCAAUUCGCUCCGUAUUUCAUUCCACUUUUUUUGCCAAUGAUAUGUCUUAGCUCACAACCAGAGUUAAUGAGCAAAAUGAAGAAUCUUAUUCGGAUGCGACCAAUGAACAGAGUUAGCACUGUAACUUACAAUCGAAAUGCAGUUCGGCCAUUGACUAUUGCUACUGGUCGAUGA